CCGUGGCAUGACCUACUCGCCCCGCCAUGUUCAGCUUCGCCAGCAAGAUGUUGAACACCCUCAUCGGGGAGGGCCAGCAAGAGGGACAACAACCGCCGGAGGGUGGGCAGAUGCACCAGCCCAUCUUCCGACCGCAGACCAGGCCACCGUUGAGAGCGCAGGGCCCCGGAGGCAUGCCACCUCACGGUAUGGGAGGCCCUCAGCUCAUGGGCCCACAGAGGAUGCCCGGCCCCGGCAUCGGCCCCGGCCCCGGACCGAGGAUGCAAGGGCCUAGGAUGGAGUUCCGUCCCAGACUCGGCAUGGCCCGACCUCAGAUAGGACCCUCCCACAUGAUGCAGAGGCCUCCGCCGCCUGUAGCCUCAGGAGAUGAUCUAGCGGUGGACUUGAGCCAUUUGAGCGAAGAGGAACGAGCUCUCAUUCAAAACGUGAUGGCCAAAGCGAAAGAAAUAGAAGAGCCUCCACCAUCACACAUGGAUCUGCCUGGAGCCAAUCAUGGAAUGCAAAUGGAGGGCAGAAACCUAGGCCCUGGAAUGGACAAUCGAAAUCUCGGACCAGGGAUGGACGGACGGAGCCUAGGAUCGACUAUGGAUGGCAGAGGUCUUGGUCCAGCUAUGGACGGUAGAAACCUCGGUUCAAACAUGGAUGGUAGAAACCUUGGGUCAAAUAUGGAUGGCCGAAAUCUUGGGUCAAAUAUGGACGGCCGAAAUAUCGGAUCAAACAUGGAUGGACGAAACCUAGGGUCGAAUAUGGAUGGCCGAAACCUUGGUUCAUCUUUAGAUGGCAGAAAUCUGGGGUCAACUCUGGAUGGCAGAAACCUAAGUUCGACCAUGGACCACCGCAUCUUAGGAUCAUCCUUAGACAGUCGAGGGUUAGGAACAAGCAUGGAUGGCCGCAGCCUUGGGUCUAUAAUGGAUGGCCAACAACGGCAGGAUCUGAGCAUGGCGAGACCGAUGCACAGCUCUUUCCAACCUCAUGACAAUAGACAAGAUAGCUUUAAAGUGUGCCAAGAUUCGUUUUCUUCGAAUUUACAAAAAGACAAUUUUAUGCAUGGAGGACAACAACGUCAAGACUGUUUUAGUUCGUCCUCCAAUUCCGAAUCCUUCUUCGGCAAUAAUACAUGGGAGAACCCUACGGCGGCGCAAGAUAAGGAGCCGCAGUCGCGAAGUGACGCUUGUGAGUAUUCCACGGCCGGGGCCGGCCCACCAGUCAACGGCUCAUCAUUUAACCCUGAUGUUAGAUUGUCACCAGGCUCCCCCUAUUCUACCUCUCCAGCAUCCGAUGAUGAGAGCAGUAGAGAAAAAAGUAUUCUAUCGGAAAUUAAAAACCUCAACGAGUCUUCUCUUAUUUCGAAUCAGACUGAAAGCGAAGAGUUAGAUAAAAACAAAGUUAAUACUGGCCCGAGUUUAGUAGGACAAGGAAUCCUUUUGGAACCGUUUUAUGACCACAGUCCUGGAGAAGUUUACACCAUUCCUGAAGAAGAAGACGAGAUCAGCAGCCCCACCUCUGGGGACGGAGUGACUAGUUUGCGCAAGAGGCGCCUAGUCGGAGGUAAACCCACCACUAUAGCCUCAUAUUCAAAAAAAAAAAAGAAAAGAAAAGAAAGACGAACAAACAAAAUUUAACACAUGAAAUAAACUUUGUCUGUCACUCUCUCUGUCAGAUCUCUUUCUCUCUUUCUGUCUCUCUUGCUCUCUCACUGUACAUUAUCCCGUGUCCCCGACCCCACUUUCACUCACACACACAUCAUUCCCAGCUUAUUGUAACAAUUUGCUAACUUUUUAAAUUUUUCUGCAUUUUUAUUCGAUCUAAUGAUUUCGUCUCAUUUGGAAUGGAUUCAGAUUUUGGAUGCAUGAGUAUCACGUGUAAGUAGUUUUUAAGUUUGCACUAUUUCAAUAUUCUCUCUUUCUACUUUCUAUGCGGAUGCA